CAUAGCUUCGUCUCUCAUCCUUCAUUCACUUUCGUCACUGUCGUCAUCGCGUGAAUCCCGAUGACAAGGAAACUCAUCUCAAUAAAGUCUCAUAAUAACCAAUUGCCUGCCUUUAUAACCAGGUAGGCGGUAUGUCGUCUAAUAAUGGGGAAGAUCCAUCAUUCAAAGACUCCUUCGACGAUAACACAUAUAGAACCACCUACCCGCCUUGGCCCGGCGUUGAACCCGCCAAGCAAGCCCAAAUCGAAAGGAAUUUCUUCGAAGAUGGUGUAACUAUUCACUUUGAAAGGAUCCCACAAAGGAAAUCAUGGAACCCUUUCCUCCUCGGAAGGGGUUCUUUAACCUCAGACUACGUCAUUUUCAAGACCGUCCAGGCCUCCAAGUUCGCAAAGCGACGGCUAAGUGCUAGUGAGGUUGAUGGUACGAGCGAGGCUGCUGCCAUUUCAGCAUAUUUCUUCACUUGGAUUAACCCCGUCUCUCUUUGUGUGACAAUCCCCUUUACGUGGAUGAACAGGGAAAAAUUCCGAUUUCCUUUCUAUACGCCGGGGCCAAGAUUCAAUCCACAAGUCUUCCCCUUCGCAUCGCUGCCCAUUGUCAAGGGCGCCAAAGCUACUUACUUAUGGCAUGCGCUUCGAUACUGCGCUUUCUAUGUCCCAGCCAUGUUCGCAUCAACAGUCUUCUUUGGUUCUAUGGCAGAGAAUAUGUAUGAAGUAAGAAUAUCGAGAGAUCCGCGACUUCAGCGUUUAGUUCAAGAUUUCAGAAAGAGGGUCGAAGACGCCCGAGCACGGGCAAUGGGAUCCGGACAACAGCAAACCCUCCCACAACGCCCAGCUCAAAAUGCCUCACAGUCUUCUCCUGAUCAAUAUCCAUCAGAACCUGAAAGCCAAACAUUCCAGGGGUAUGAACGUGAUGCUUAUGCAGGACAAUCUUCUACACCACAAUCCAGCUGGUCUCAAAAUACUCAACCACAACCACAAACACAAACCCCAAGUCCCCAAGUCGCGAGAUAUCCAGAGCCAACUUCGCGAAAUACAGAUGACGUCUCAGAUCUACUUGACGAUGACGAUGACGCUUCACCCGUCUCAGCCGCAUCAAGGAGAGCAGAGGCCCAGCUAGCUCGCGAUGCGCAAAGCGGUUCUUCUUGGGAUCGCAUUAGGAAGCAAUCACAGUCCCCGGCCCCCCAAUGGACUCAAGGCGAUUCUUCCGACCAGGAGCGGGGAUGGUCUCAAUUGCGACAAGACAAAACACAGAACUCUAGAGAGAACCAACCAAAAUCUGAGGGCUUCGCGUAUACGAAGCAGGAUGAAGAGAAGGAGAAGAGGAAUUACGAAAGGGAACAGGCCCAAAAGGAAUUCGACGCCUUACUGGAAUCUGAACGACGUGGUGGUUCGGGUAGGCGCUAGGGUCGCUGAUAUAGGUAGAUAGUGACGUUCGGCGUGGACAUCGACAACUAUAUGUGGUUUUAGAAAUGGCCAGGACACCAAAAUUAACGUUUAUGUAGGACGUGUAACAAUACGGAUGGAAAAUAACAAGUGAGUCCCAAUCCGCCUACUUUUUCAAUCGGUGCAUAAAUCAAGCAAGGUUUGUGAG